CUCAAAGAUUCCUUGUUAUAAAUAAAUCUGAAGACUCCAAUUCAGGAACAUCCUACCUUAAACAACUAAAAGAUUAUGGCAAUACCAUGGCCUAAGCAUUCCUUGCAUCUCCUUUUAACAAUGAUCUUCUUCAUCUCUCAAACCACGUACACAUUACAAAUCCAUUAUAUUCGAUAUCCUCCUCGACAAUUAAUCGAUACUCCACAUCGUCGAUCCAAAUCCGACCCUCAACAGGCACAUAUUUCUUUUGCGGGCAAAGAUUACAUGAGGGUGACUUGGAUAACAGAAGAUAAAGACGUGCCAUCAAUAGUAGAAUAUGGGAAGAUUUCUGGGAAAUACAAUAAUAUUAUUGAGGGAGAUAGUACUCGAUAUCGAUACUUCUUUUACAGUUCAGAAAAAAUACAUCAUGUUAAGAUUGGACCAUUGGAGCCAUCAACAAUGUAUUACUAUAAGUGUGGUGGAUAUGGUCCUGAGUUUUCCUUCAAGACACCUCCUUCAACUUUUCCUAUUGAAUUUGUUGUGGUUGGCGAUCUUGGACAAACUGAAUGGACAAGAUCAACUUUAGCACAUGUCGAUAGCAAAGACUAUGAUGUGUUUCUAUUACCAGGCGAUCUGUCAUAUGCCGAUACACACCAAAAACUAUGGGAUUCAUUCGGCCGCCUGGUGGAGCAAUAUGCCAACCGUCGCCCUUGGAUGACGACAGAAGGGAACCACGAGAUUGAGUUCUUCCCUUGGAUCCCUCGUCACACUUUUAAAGCCUAUAAUGCUCGUUGGCUAAUGCCAUACAAGGAGAGUGGAUCCACCUCCAAUUUAUAUUAUUCUUUCGACGUUGCCGGUUCACAUAUCGUGAUGUUGGGGUCUUAUAUAGAUUUUAAGGAGGGUUCUGAUUAGUACAAGUGGGUGGAAGCGGAUUUGGGUAAGGUUGAUCGGACGAUGACGCCUUGGGUGGUGGUGGUGGUGCAUGUGCCAUGGUAUAAUACUAAUUCGGCACAUAAAGGUGAAGGGGAAAGCAUGAGGAAAGCAAUGGAAGAAUUGUUGUAUAAAGCACGAGUUGAUAUUGUUUUCGCUGGACAUGUUCAUGCAUAUGAACGAUUUGUAAGUCACUUUUUUCUUGUCUUUUUAAGUGUCAUUUUAAAAAAUUAUUAAUCAAA